AUGGGGCAAUUACGGUGGUAUACUGCAAUUCAGAGCAAAGUGAGAUGCUCGGAACAGUGGAUGGAGGUUGACAUCGUAAGGAGUAGUCCGCAAGCGAGGAUAUAUCUGCAACAGAUGAAGGACUUUCCAGACGAAGCUUGCAAACCUCGGCUUAGCAACGGCGUCGCCACGUUCCGAUUACCGCUCUUAGAGCAGGACAUGUUGCGAUGCGGUAUCACUAGAGUCGUUAACAAAGUCACGGGUCAGAAGGUGUACUUUCAUCGGAUAAUAGUGGAGGAGCCGGCGGAUUCCAGCAAGCACACGUUCACCGUAAAGUGUGUUAUCACCGAAGUCGUUGUGAAACCUGGAAUCUCGAUCGCAACCAAUCACACCGCGGUUCGACGCAGCGUUCUUCCAGCAGGUUUCCAGGAACCCGACGUGAUCGACAUCAGGGGAGAGAUUUCCGAGUCGGCACCGGUACCGAUAUUGGGAGUCGGCGUCAGGCAAGGUGGCAAUCUCGUUACCGGGGAACUGAACGUUAGCCCAGGUACGCCUUUGCAGAUGGAGAUCUUCCUGGACAAUGGCUCCGCUCCCGUUUAUGGACUCUUGGUUACUUAUAUGUUGGUCACUGAUACCAAGACACAGGAGGAGACUAUUAUUAUCAAUGGCUGUUCCGUGGACCCAUAUCUGUUCGAAAAUUUCAACACGGUGGAUGGGGACUUUCUAACAGCGAAAUUCCGAGCUUUCAAGUUUCCAGAGAGUACCUACGUCCAAUUUCGUGGUACUGUUAACGUUUGUUUGGACAAAUGCCAAGGGAUCGAGUGCAGCAAUGGUCAAAUUGGAUUCGGCAGGAAGAGAAGAGCCAUCGACGUCUCAAAUACUGACAAUAACAAGCUGUUUGAAGUGACUAUGUCUGCUCUCAUUAAAGUGGAUUUCGAGGAAGACGCAGUGGUCGAUAAAGCCUUAUCCGAGUUAUACAUCAGAAGGGGAAAGAACAGGACAAAAGCCAGAGCCGUGAUCGCGGAAGAAGUGAGAGAGCAACCAGUUCCGACCACGAUUAGGACAGAAGAAAGAGCUUUCAUAGCGCAAGAGGUUAAAGAACAGUUCAAAUAUAAGGUUACCGAGACGGAGAUAAACGGCUCGUCGUGUAGAACUGCAGUUGCAACCUUCGUCCUCGUUCUGCUCUGUCUCUGCAAAUUUUUGUAA